CCAAUGAAUAUGCUAAUACAUUUAGAUUUAAGUGGAAAUUUGAUAGAGCGCCUGGGGCACGAUUCAUUUGUAUUGUUCCCAAACCUUCAAGUCCUCAACAUCUCAAAAAACUUUAUCAAGUUAUUAGAGCGCGGGGCGUUUGAUGGACUGCACAGUCUAAGGAUCUUGAACAUGUACAAUAAUUCCUUGAGCAUGUCAGCUCUCGCUUACCCUCUCUUGCUGUUUAAGGAUCUCGGCAAUCUGAUCGAACUGAACUUGCUCGGCAAUGUCAAGGCUAUCGUCGGGGGAGAAACGUACCCUGACUCAGCUUUGUCCCGGCUCAUGUCAUUAAAUAAACUUCUUAUUGAUGGCAUACCGCACCCAGAGACGCCGGGACGAGGUUUCAGAAACCUCACGAGGCUUAGAUACCUUCAUUUCGGGGACUCACAAGAGGAAAAGUGCUUUCUUGAUGUGCUGGGUAGAGAUUUCUUUGACAAUAUCAUUAGCAGAGAACCGCUUGAGGUUAAUUUUCAGUACUGUGUUAUACAAGAAGUGGACCCACGAGCCUUCUAGAAUCUCUCAACAUUGAAAAUAUUGAAUCUAAUCAGUUGUAAUAUGGGAUUUAACAAAUUUGCGUUAGCCUCUCAAAGCUUUCACCAAACACAACUCGAAUAUCUAGACAUAACAGGCAUCAGCAGACCUAACUUUACUGUUCUCGGCCAUGAUUCGCUCAAAUAUCUGAGUAAUGUUUCUUUACACACUUUAAUUAUAGAAAAGAAUCAUAUAAUUAACAUUGAACCCAAGGCUAUUGAGAAGCUACCCAGAACUAUACAACGGUUCUCGAUUGCUCAAAAUAAAAUCGUUUCAUCCGACAGUUUAUUUAGUUUUAAUUUCAUGAUCAGUUUAGAAGCUCUUAAUGUUAGCUUUCAAAAUAAUUUUAGAACAGCAUCGAUUUGGAGGAGCAGUAGCAAUGCAAGAACUGACAAGGCACCCAGCAAAGAUCGAGCAGCACAGACCCCAAUACACACGUCGAUUAGUCAUUCGCAACUUAAGAGGCUUCAGAUGCAUGUUUGUCCAUCAUAUCGCAUGGCUCCCUUGAGAAACGUGAUUCAAGGGGAAGAAGUUACAUAUCGAGUUUUUCUACCCUUUGAACUGCGAUCCUUGCAUAAAUUGAACAUUGAAAACAAUCUGAGAAAGUAUGUAGGCUCCAACAUGACAAUCCGGUUACCUCGAAAACUCAAACAAAUAUUUGCCACUAACUUAAAGUUAGGAUACGCUGUACCCAAAUUGCAGUUCUUCAAUUCAAACGUGAUCGAGUUAGCCGACUUUUCAAAGAAUUUGUUACUUUGUUUAGACGGGCCUGUUUAUGGCUUCCAUAGACUGCACCACCUGGACUUAUCUCAAAACUAUUGCCCUGCGUUGAGCCCCUACUUUUUUAAAGAUGUGCCUGCAUUAAGGAAACUGCUGUUGUCUUUUAAUAAUAUCGGGCCGUCCCUAGAAGCUGAUAAAGACGGCGAGACGUUUUCAAAACUUUUCCGUCUCGAAUAUAUUGAUGUUUCUCAUAAUGCUAUUCGUACUCUCCACCCUAAAGUGUUUAAGCAAUCACCAAAUCUACAAACGAUUCUGCUAAACAAUAAUGCCCUACAGGUCUUUGACAUUGACAUUGGAAGCUUGAACAAAUUAACUCUUGUCGACCUCUCCACCAACGCUCUUGUGACGCUGCCCAAGCCAGUGAUGACGUCACUCGACACACUUGCGUUGAGUAGCCCUAAUUUAACACUCGAUCUCCAUGACAACGAUCUUCUAUGUGACUGCUCCAAUACUGAUCUUAUCAUGUGGUACAUUAAAACGAAAAUCAAUUUCAGAAGAAAGGAAUUGUACAAGUGUCGCUAUGUGAAUGGUUCUGUGAUCUACGUGGAGGACCUCAUCAACGUCCAGGAGAUAACAUGGCGAUAUUGCGCUGGACAGCAGAUUUUGGUUCCAGUUCUAACAAGUUUUCUCACGACUCUUGUCAUCUUGACCGCCCUGGGCUUCUACAGUUACUUCCGGGUCAGACUAUUAUUUUACAUCUACAUCAGCAAAGCUCGGUAUUUCCGCCACUUCUCUGACCAAGGUCCGGCAAGGGUCAAAGACGUCUUUCUCGUGUACGACGACCAGGAAAUAAGAUGGCGGCAGUUUGCUAUUAAAGUUGUGAAACCGGAACUUGAAAGCAGGGGCGUCACCGUUUACAUUAGUGAAGUUGACGCACUGGCAGGG